AUGAGUUUCUUCGGCACCGUCGGCGGAUUGGCACGAGGAGGACGCACGUUUAAACCCCGGAGGACGCAGGCGGAUAACAGUACGCGCGCGUAUCAGCUGAAGAAGUAUGCGGAGGCUACGCUCGGCUCGGGGAAUCUGCGGAUGGCGGUCGUUCUCCCCGAAGGCGAGGACCUCAACGAAUGGCUUGCUGUCAACACCGUCGACUUCUUCAACCAACUGAACAUGCUCUACGGCUGCGUCACCGAGUUCUGCACGCAGCAAGAAUGCCCCGUCAUGUGCGCCGGCCCGCGCUUCGAGUACCAUUGGCAGGACGGCGUCAAGUACAAGCGGCCGACGAAGAUGUCUGCGCCUGACUAUGUCGAGCAUCUGAUGAACUGGGUCCAGGGGAUGCUCGACGACGAAGCCAUCUUCCCCAGCAAGCCAGGCGUUCCCUUCCCCAAGACCUUCCAGGCGACCGUCAAGUCGAUCGUCCGACGACUGUUCCGUGUCUAUGCGCACUUGUACAACCACCACUUUGCGCAGAUGUGUGCGCUGAGUAUCGAAGCCCACCUCAACACCUCCUUCCACCACUUCAUUCUGUUCCUCGACGAGUUCAAGCUCGUCGACAAGAAGGAACUCGCGCCUCUCGGCGAACUCAUCAGCUCGAUCAUCGUCAACUAG